GAAUCUACUGUAUAUGUCUGUGUGUUUGCACGAAUAUGUGUACGUGCAAGUCUGUUAUGUCUUCGUUCAUAAGCCAAAUAGCCUAUUCCCAGAGAUGAUGCGCUGUCCAGGAAUAACAUCUCGAAAUCUUUCAUCUCCAACCAAUCACCACCAUAACACACACACUGUUGAUUUUACAGCUUGUUCAGUUCAGUAGGAAAUAUGUCUGGCUAGUUACUGUACAGCAUGAGCCCCAACUGCUCUUCCCCUCCCAGACUACCCCCUCAAUUGCGGCUUGUUCAGGGCGAGUGUGUGGAUGGAAGUGUGUGUGUGUAUGUGGAGGUGGAGGAAGGGGAGGUGUAGAGGAAUGCAGGGUUGGGUCGGGUGGAGUGGGAUGUCGGAGGGAAAAGAGGGGUCUCUGUGGGUCUGUAUGUGGACUCUAUGGAGAGAUUAAAGAUGUGUAUGUUAGUGCAUUGAUGAAAGUGUGUUUUCCUUCUGUGUUUACUUCACUGGGGCCCGCUCCCUACCCUGACAGUGGAGAGGAGAGUAAUGGAGAAAAAGGCGGGAAGAGGAGUCAGGGUUAAAAGGAGGAAAUCGGUUUAUUUUUUUCUGGUUUCUGGUUCAAUCAGGGAAUCUUUGCCUUCUAUUUGCAUGUUUGAGUGUCUGUUAUGUGGUAAAUCUGAUCUAAAAAUAUAUUAAAGUCAAAUAUGAGGCUUUAAGAAUCCACAGAAAUGCAAUAUAGGGUGAGGGGAAAAAAAGAUGCAGGUGAGAAAAUAACCAAAGAAGUGACCGAAAAACACCAAAAUGUUACGUAUAAGUCAGGAGCAGCAAACUGAACUGAGCUGAACCAGGAAUCGUCAUGUAUACCUCAGGUUAUACAGAAAUGCAUGCUUAUGCAAAAAUGCACACACACAUCCCGUCUUGCAGAGCAGCGGGAACACUGUAGGCUGUGUACGGCGGCUCUCCUUCACUUCCGCACCAUAAAUGUGUGUUUGCUAUACGAGGGAACACGGGGAGAAAAGAGGAAUUCAUGUUGGUGUUUAUUUGAGCUUUGGCCAAAUCCAACCUGGGGCGGCUGAGUCGGCGCACGUACUACGCCAAACCCCAGCCGCUCCUGUACCCCCAGACACACGCACGUACUGUACACACUCAGGUACUGGAGCGCACACACACCACAAAUUUUUACUUCCCCCUCACACACACACAUACACAUACCUGUCCAUCCUAGCCAUAUCAAGGUGUGUUUGUCUUUCCCUGCCCACCAUUUUAGGUCCUCCCUGAGCAGGUAUUUCCCUCUCUUUCCCACAGACACACACACACAUUUACACACACACACACACACUCUGAAGCAAUAGAGGGGGGCUGUCUGUGGGCUGACUGUGUUGCAUUGAUAACCUGCCGCUCAGAGUCACUCAGUCUCACUUUGUGGCUGUCCACCCUGCCUGGAACUCGCUUCGCCCUGCUCUCUCUCCUUUCUGGCUUCUCACUCUAGGACCGUCUGCGGACGUGCUUAGACUCCCACGUAUACUCGUCACCCCUCUCCGGUCGCUGUCACCAUGACGCCUACCCCGAUGCUGUUCCUGCUGCUGCUCGGCCUCAUAGGGGCUCAAGCCACCACCACCACCGUGGACCUCCGCACGGCUGCUGCCAUGGCGGCAGGUUUGUGCAAAACUCGCCCUACAGACAUCGUGUUCAUCAUCGACAGCAGUCGCAGCGUUCGCCCAUCAGAGUUUGAGCAGGUCAAGGUCUUCCUGGCUAAGGUCAUCGAGGGGUUGGAUGUUGGACCCAAUGCCACCCGUGUGGGAGUUGUCAACUACGCCAGCCGUGUCAAGAAUGAGGUGUCUCUGAAGACACACAAAACCAAGGCUGGAUUGAUUAAGGCCGUGACAAAGAUCGAGCCACUGUCCACUGGAACUAUGACUGGUCUGGCUAUCCAGUUUUCCCUGAACGUGGCCUUCAGCGAGGCUGAGGGCGCUCGUGUCAAAUCUCCUGACAUCAGCAAGGUUGCCAUUAUCGUAACAGACGGGCGUCCCCAGGACAGUGUGAAGGAUGUGGCUCAGCGUGCUCGUGAUGCAGGCAUUGAGAUUUUUGCCAUCGGCGUGGGACGUGUGGACAUGAGCACCCUGAAGCAGAUGGCCAGUGAUCCUCUGGAUGACCAUGUAGACUACGUGGAGAGCUACAGCGUCAUCGAGAAGCUCACCAAGAAGUUCCAGGAGGCCUUCUGCGCUUGCAGCAACUCAGCGACAGAUGUGGUGUUCCUGAUCGAUGGCUCCAAGAGCGUCCGUCCUGAGAACUUUGAGCUGGUCAAGAAGUGGAUCAACCAGAUCGUAGACAAACUGGAUGUUUCUGAUGCCAAGGCUCACGUUGGACUGGUGCAGUACUCCAGCUCAGUCAGACAGGAGUUCCCCCUGGGCCGCUACAACAACAAGAAAGACCUGAAGGAUGCUGUGAAGAAGAUGGCCUACAUGGAGAGGGGAACCAUGACAGGUCAGGCUCUCCGCUAUCUGACAGACAACAGCUUCAGCCCUGGUCAGGGUGCCCGGCCCGGAGUCGCCAAGGUGGGCAUCGUCUUUACAGACGGACGCAGCCAGGACUACAUUGGAGACGCCGCCAAGAAGGCAAAGGAGCACGGUUACAAGAUGUAUGCUGUCGGAGUGGGCAACGCAGUGGAGGAUGAGCUGAAAGAGAUUGCCUCUGAGCCAACCGGAGAGCACUACUUCUACACCGCAGACUUCAAGACUAUGACCCAGAUCGCCAAGAAGCUGCAAAUUAACAUCUGUCAAGAGGAGGACCCCUGCGAAUGCGACUCCCUCGUAAAGUUCCAAAAGAAAGUAGAAGAUGCCCUACAGGCACUAACAAAAAAAUUAGAGAGUAUGUCGAAGAGGAUCGCCUUGCUGGAGAACAAAAUCGUCUGAGGGCACACACCCCACUCCUCCUUAUUCUGCACACACACACACACACACACACACACACACACACACACACAAACAACUUUUACUUCCUGUAAAAUACUGAAGAGGAACCCGUGUGUGUGAGAACCCUUACCUCUGCUUGUAUUCUGAGCUCUCCCAAACCACCCCUGCCCUCCCCUCCUCUCUUGGUCUUACCUCUUCCACCCUUGGGUCUCCUGGGACACGAAGCGCCGGUUGCCAUGGGGACCACGCCUUUGUGUGUGUAUGUACGUGCGCUCCGACGGUCAUCCUCCAUAGCCAGCCUGUGUGUUUGUUAAUAAAAGUCUUCCCUCAUAGGGAAACGGUAUACUGAACGGUUUUUCUUUGUUGCUGCCACAAACCCCAUAGAGUCCACCUUGUCAUGUCAAAUGGAGCAGCACAUCACCCUCACCUGUCUGAUUAUAUCUGUCACUGUCAUCUUCCCCUCUCUCUCUCCUCUCAUGUCUUCAUCUUUCUUCUCUUACCCCCACACAAGGGUAUCUAAUAUUAUAUAUGGUAUAUAUACUGUAUAUAUACACAGGUAAAUUAAUAUAAGAUAUAUGUCUGAUAAGCAGGGUGCACCAGUGAUGUUUUUUUUUAUUUUCCUAAAUAAAGGUGAACCAGGAAGUACAUAUUAUAAGCUGUGAAACAAUUGUAUGCCAGAUUAAUAUUACAGACACAAAUACACAACAGAGAAAUUCUUACUGACUUAUUACUUUUACACAGUUGUAGUUAAUAUAAUAUAUAAAAAGUGCACAGACUGUUACUCUUUGGCUCUAAAAUGUGGGGCUCCGAGGACCACAAGGACUUGACAGGUGCCCACAGCAAAAUGGUCUUUGACGUUUAAUUUAAACUGUGCUUCAGACCUACAGCUUUAGUGUAAUUCUACAUAAAGUGUUUGAAUUUUACAACAUCAUAAAUGCAUGAAUUUGCUAUAAAAUUGAGGCCAGAGCAAAGUUGAAGUCAUUCGGCCUUAGGCAGAGGUAAGUAUGAUGAUAUUUGCCUCUAGUAUUGAUUUUAUAAUUGAUUAAUGGGCAGUCAUGUGAACUUGCAUUAUCAGAAAGUAAUAUAAAUAUGACAUGUUUCUAUAUUUCAUUAUUAUUUUUCCUAUUUUCUUUAAGUGUUCAA